GCCAGCCACUCCCAACCACUUACACCAAAACCGUGCUCUGCCAUCUCAUAUAUUAAGGCCGUCUGCUACGUUGCUAUUCUAAAUCUUCAUCCCAUAACAUCCCAUCACAAACAUUCCUCAUCUCAUCUCAUCUGAUAUACCAGCAGCCACUCUUUCAACAUAUACCACCAUGUCUGUCUCCGAGCCCAACCACGAACAACCCGAGGAGUCCCAAACUUUUCUCUCCAACAUCCUCCCACGCAAAGCAUCACCUCCUCCAGCUCCUCCUCCAGGUCCAUCAUCCAGUCCCCUCGGGCUUAUUAGUCUCUCCAUCACAACUUUUGCCUUUGGAUUAUACCAUGCAGGCGCCGGAUCCCCCGACUCGAACCCGCUCAACACUCCCAGCGAAAUAUUCGGCCUAGCCGUCUUCUACGGCGGUGCCGCUCAAUUCCUCGCGGGAGUCAUGGAAUUCCGCCUCACCAACACGUACGCCAGCACCGUGCACUGCUCCUACGGCGCAUACUGGCUCGCAUACAGCAUGCUUCUCCUCCCAUCGACGGGCAUCGACACCUACCGCGCAGACAUCAAAGACAUUGCCACUGCAGAAGGCAUCUUCUUCCUGCUCUGGUGUCUGCUCAGCGCAGUCUUUUUGCUAGCCGGUCUUCGUACCAGCCUUGCCUUGCUCGCUACACUAGCAAUCUGGUCGUUUAGUUUGUUCCUACUCAGCGUCGCACGCUUCAUUGCCGCGCACCACACAUCUGCAGCACAGAGCGUGAAUAAAGCAGGGGGUGUGUUUGCCGUGUUUGCUGCCGCAGCAGCGUUUUAUGUCGGAGCCGCAGCAUUGAUGGGAACCACCAAUACAAGCGUAAAGCUCCCCGUGGGCGAUCUCUCCGCCAAAGCCAGCAGCGAUCGCAAAUCCCAAAAGAGCACCGUUUAGAGAACAGACACACACAGACAACAAGUAUAGUAAUACAUCAUCAAUUCAUUAUUUCCCAUCUACAGCUUGCUCUUAGCAUCUGCAGCAGCAGCAUUGACCUUCCCCUUGAGCUCCUCAGCCUUGCCCUUGACUUGGCCCUUCAAUUCCUCGGCCUUUGCGCCAGCGCUCUGGCCGCCCGUGACGGCAUCCUUGACCUUGUUGCUGGCCUUGGCUGUAGACACAAAACCGCUCAUUAGUUAAAUCCCCUUUCCAUGUAUCAAUUGCUUUGAAAUGACCUACCAGCAGCAUCGAUUCCCUCAGAAAUGGCCUCACCGGCCUUCUUCUGCGCCGUGUAAAGCGUAUCCUUAACCUGCUCGGCUGCCGACUUCUGGGCAAUAGGCGUAGUAGACAGGGCACGGGAAGCCUUGGCGCGCGCAGCGGCCUGGCGGAGCAUAGCUUGACGGGCAAGCAUCUUUGCGGUGAGAAUUGGGAGAUUUCUUUUAAAAAGGAAUUGGAAGUAGAAUGACAGACAGCGAGAGAGAGAGGGUGCUGGCCGAGGGGCGCCGUUUAUACCGGCUCCCCGCUAGCGGCAGUCGUGAUGUCAUCUUGCGACAACUCGCCGCGGAGCCGUGCCUGCAGCAGACAGCGCCACUGCGACGGUUGACUAGCGCCCUUCAAAAUCAAGAUCUGAGUUUAGACUGUGGAGUGCGCCGGGGUGCCGGUUCCUUGGAAUGCGCUUUUUCAGCGCGGUCUAGAAUGCGAUGGACUUUUAAUACUGCAAGGGGUCUUGGGUCCUUUCUCCUUGGCAGACAGAGCUUUGUAAUUGUUCGUGAUUAUGGGGGUGUUUAAUGCUAAUUGUACACGUAAUUUUACAGAUUCUUGUUCGUCAAGGACGUGACCUUUUCACGCAUCACAGCUUCAGCGGCAACGGGAUCAAUGCUCUCCGUAGGCCCCAGACGCAUCAUCUUGCCUACCAGAUACAUGAGCUUGCCUUGGGGGAACUUGGUCGCGGUGAAUGCACCCAGGACCUUGUCCUCGCCCUGGAGAGCCUCGUUCGCGAGCUCAUCGUACUCUUGCGCCGUAAUCUCUUGGAACCACAGAUCGUUGGCCUCAAUGGCGCCUGUGACGCCCUCGUCAAGUUCCCCCGAGCUAAUAGCCAGGAGAAGCUCCUUGGCCACUUUGCCGGUGAUUUGCUUGCGGUACAAAUGCACAAGCAAAUCAGCGAGCUGCUGCGCGGGCACCUGCUGGCACUCGCCAUCCACAGUAAACGUCAAGUCGUCUGCGGCCAUUGCGCCGGCCUUUUGUGUAGUGAGACGGCCCAGCUCGUGAAUCACCCAGUUACUGACCAUGGCCGUGUAGGCCGCUGUGUCGGGCGAAGCAUCGCUAUCCGAAAGGCUGCCCUCCACAAGCUGCAGCACACGGUAAAAGUACUGCACUCUGUCUCCGUUGUCGAGGACAAUAAGCGAGGCUGCGUCCUUGGCCGUGAGACCCUGCGAGAUAAGAGUGUCGAGCUCGGUGUCUGGUAGCACGGCAAGCGAGCUGCGCAAAUGUUGCACCAGAUCCUCACCAAUAUACAGGGGCUCAAUGUCAGGAUCCGGCAUGUAACGGUAAUCCACCUCACCCUCCUUGCCUCGCAGGCGUCUCGUCUCUGUAGAACCGACGGUCCAACCUCUGGUCUCACUGGCAAUCUUGCCGCCGGCCUCGAGCUCGCGAAUCUGGCGGUCACGCUCGGCAAUAAUGGCAUCUUCGACAGCCUUGAUAGUGCUGAGGUUUUUAAUUUCGGUUCUCGUGCCCAGCGGGGCGUUGGGGUCGUCGGUUCUUCGUACGGAAACAUUGACAUCGGCGCGCAGACCACCAGCCUCCAUGCCUGAAACACAGGCGUCGACCGUGUUGAGGAGCAGCUGGAUCUUCUUGACAAAGACGGCCGCAGUUCGCGGGUGGUGCAUAUCGGGCUCAGUGAUGAUUUCAAUCAGCGGCGUGCCGACACGGUUGAAGUCGAGCCAUUGCACGCCUUCGGUCUGGGCAAGUGUCUUGGCCGUGUCUUGCUCCAUCUGAACCUGCUUGAUGCGAACAGUGACACUCUCUCCAUCCUCAGGCGAAAUUCCAUCGCGCGCAAGCAACGUGAGAUGCCCAUUCUUUGCAAAGGGCUGGUAGUAUUGUGUGAUUUGGUAACCGGCGGGCUGAUCCCACCAAAAGUAGUGUUUUCGAUCGAAUCGGCUAACGGACUGGAUCUCGCAGUCGAGAGCUAGUGCGGCUCGCAAGGCGGGAACGAGUGUUUCCUUCUGGAAACGAGGCUGGCUGCCGGGCAUGGCGACAUCGAAGAGGGCCACAUGGCUGUUGGGGUCGUCGUUGAAGGACGUCGCGGCCGAGGAGAAGAGCUUGCGUGCGGUGUUGAGCUGUGCAUGAAUUUCGAUUCCGACAGUCAAUUCCCAUCCGUCGACCGUCUGUGAGUCGGCCUUGCUCUUCUUCUUGCCCUGCUUCUUGGCCUCUUUUGCUUCGUCCUUUAGGCGCUUUCGAAGCGGCGCCGCAGCUUCCGCUUGGGCUGGUAUACUGCUGUGAAAGUGCCGUAGGGAAAUGCUGAGGUGGAAUUGGGACUGUGAAGCAGUAAAUACAGACUGAGGUACGCGUCGCAGGCAUCCAGUUCGGGGCAAUUGGCCUGCAAGCAGGUAUUUGCUCAGCUCCUGCACGCGAGCGCCACGCAUGCUGUCGAGGACUCCAAAUCUCCUCUAUAAUCUUUAUAUGUGUUUUAAACUGCAAAGCUUCGUUCGGAUUUAUCUCGUAGACAUUUUAAUUUUGCAGCAAAUCUCUGUGGGGGCGUUGCAGUGGUGGAGAGCUG